CAGCGUGAUUUUCUUUCACUUUAUUGCCAGAUGCAGAAAGCAGUCGCUUGCUUAAUAAGGCGAUAUAUGGUACACUGUAUCAGGGCUUGUUGCUGCAAAAUUGUUAGUCUUUACGCUCCAGAAAAGUCAAAAUUAUUUAUUGCAAGAUAGCCUUGUUAUUACAAUAACAAGGUUAUCUUGAAUAGGAAAACUCAGCCCAUACAAAAAGCCACUCUUCAAAACGCAGGUCAUCCAGGACUGUUUCAUAAUCUGUUUCAUUUAAUGAAAAUCCCAGACACAUAAUCGAAUUUUCCCAAACCACACAUUAAGACAAACAAAUAAACUAAACACUACCAAAACAAAUUCAACAAGACUCAAAUGUAUAUGUCUUAGAUCUGAUAUGACUGCUAACAAUGCUGACUGCCUUGGAAACACUUGAAUUUUGGAACCAAACACUAAAAUAACGUUAGCUAGCAGUUUGCAGACAAAGGGAAGAAACUAAUCAGCAAACCACAACACAGAAGUUGGAUAGGUUUCUUGAUGAUACACCUCUCAAGUGUGAGAAUUGGUUUCCAUAUCAGAUGUUAUCUCCAGUUACGUCUCCGGAGGCUCAACAACACCUGCCACUGACACAUUCACAUUGACACCAAGCGCCAUUAUCGUUUAAACUGCUUCUGUUUGAGAGCUAAAUAUGGCGGCCACAGCAUACGGAGGUGACCUGCCGCCGACAAAAACAAUAAUUGUCUACAGGAACGGAGACGCUUUCUUUCCCGGAAAGAAAGUCGUUGUGAACCUGCGGCAGGUGGCGACCUUUGACAAUUUACUGGCGUCUUUGACCAGAGGGAUUGAAGCUCCGUUUGGCGCCGUGAGGAGGCUGUACACUCCCACAGAGGGCCGCAGAGUUCAGCGUUUGGACGACUUGAAACAUGGAAGUGUCUAUUCUGAGAUAACGAGUAAGAAGCCGCAGAAUAAGAAAAAAGAACAGAUCCGACCUGUUGUUCACAGCAGAAUAGUAGUGUCUGCUCGCUGGAGGAAAACCACUGAUGAGUCUUGCACUAUAAAUGUCUUUACCAAUGGAGAGAUCUUGGUUCCUCCAGCCCGAAUACGGAUCCCAAAAUAUACUCUUAGAAGUUGGGAAAAUGUUUUAGCCAUGGUGACAGACAAAGUGCGUCUUCGCACCGGUGCUGUGUACAGGCUUUACACAUUAAAUGGGCGUCCUGUGUGCGGUCCCACUGAAUUGGAGAAUAACCGACAUUAUGUUGCAGUUGGUGCUGAAAAGUUUAAAGAUCUACCAUAUGAGCAGUGUGUUCCCUGCAGGGAUUUAAUCAAGGAACACAACAUAUUGGAAGGCCAAGACAUCCAGCCUGCUGUUAGAAAGACAAGACAUGCAAAAGAUGUGUUUGCUCGUACAGGCUUUAGAGAGGACCUUGAGCACACAGCCAGGGGCCAGAUGAAGAAACACGCAGCCAAGCUGGAGAGAACCAAACAACAGAAGCAGGUGUCCAGAAACCCAGUUCUCUUCUCAACAGGGGAGGGCAGUGUGUUUAAUGCACAAAACAAAAGACGUGAGAUGGCGGGAGCAGCAGAGGUGCAGGAAGAUUGUCAUCUGAUCGUGGACCUUCCAAUUGACCAGGUUGAGGCCAAGAUAGUUGACGAGGAGUACGAGGAUGGGAGUUGUUGUGCAAGUCCCUGCAAGGCCUCCCUCCAUGAUUCAGACCACUUGUGUCUGCAGAGGUCUUUGUCUGCAGGUUCCAGGAAGGAUAAAAAUGUAAACAUAAACUACUUUGACCUGCAUUACGUUUCAGAAGGUAUGUGCUAUGUAAAUAACAUAAUUAGAUGUCUCAGUGGUUCAACUUGUAAUAUAAAAUACAUUAAACAUAAUGAAGACUGUAGUAGAUCUCCUUAUAAAGCACAGCAUGGCUCUUCAACCAUAUGGGGAUACAGCAUGUUCCAUGUUACUGUAACAAAAUAUUCUAACUUGUGAGCAUUACAAAUGAUUGGCAUGGAUAUUGAAUGCUCAUGACACCUCAUGAAAUCCCUCUACAAAAAGCUGCACGAUACUUACAACUCUAAAGUAAUCAGAUGUUCUAUGUACUCCACUACAAUACAAAUUGUGGCACAGAACAUAUAUUGGCAUUUUUUUUGAGCAAAUGGUAUCCUUGGGGACGGCUUCCACUGAGGGAGAAUGAGAGCCUUUGUUAACUACAGUAAAGUUGGAAGAAAAUGUAUGCUUUUCUUCUCAUUCAUCAUAUACAUGUCAUGAAAGGCCUUCAAAAGGCAGCAGCUCCCAACAGCAAUAAGCCUCUCCUUAUAUAUAUAUAUAUAUAUAUUUUUUUUUUUACAUUUACAUGGUAAAAAAUAAUAAGUUCCAAAGACCGCGCGUCGAAAAUCAGCCAUUAUGAUGUGAGAGAGGCGUCUGUGUGUGAUCUCCCCUGCACUCAAGUCGACAGGCUCUGUGAAGUGCACCACUGCCCAGUUGCACAUUAGCUUUGAUUGCCAGUUUGUUCUGUGCGUAGCCCGUAGCUUUGAACUGCGUCUCAAGAUGAAAGCCAACCUUGUCCACAGUGUGUCCACUGUAGACUGCUGCUGUUGCUUAUUUGCUUCAGGCACCAUCAAGGGCUUCUGGACUAUUUUUUUUUUCUGUUCUAUAGUUCUGUACCAUGCUGGAUUGAGCAUUAUGUAUAAUUUAUCAUACAAUGCAUCCCAAGACAGCAGCCUGUCUCAACUCCAUUUUAAUUUAAUGCCUGUUCUUUCUUUCUGCAUCAUAUAUUGAGUGUGGUCAAUGUGUGAUACCACUAAGGUAUGUCUUUGUUGUGUCCACCAGAUAUAUGUAACCUAUAUGUUACUUGAUUUAUAGUACAGUUGAAUAUUAAGCAACAGUUAUUUAAUUGUUGAGUUAUUGGGCUAGUGUCAGAAGUCUAAAUUCAGCUCUAGGAGAGGAGAAUAAAAAAGAGGCAAGAACCAGGAAUCAGUUUUUUUUAUUUGACACUUUGCCCGUAUCCCGGGAGCGCGACGCAGUUCAACAAAAUUUUAAAUUAGUGGCUCCCAUAGUGAGAGCAUCACCACUCAGUGCUUCUCUCUCUCUCUCUCUCUCUCUCUGUCUAUCUCUCUCUCUCUCACUC